CAAUUGGUGGCAGCGGUGGGAUCAUUCAGUAUAGGACACAGGAAGGACAGAAAAUGCCGCGAGGAGGAAAAGGAGGAGGAAGUAGACCUGAAAUGGAGACCCAUGCAGAUGGUGAGGUAGAGGAAGGUGAGGUUACAGAUGGAGUCAUUGCCAUGGGGGGUAAAGAUAAAGGAGAACCUACCAUUGCAGACCUUACCAGCAUUCUUCGUUCCCACAUGGGGCAGCAGCAAGCACGUGACGCUAGGUGGGAACAGGAAAUGAUACGCCAAGAGAAGAGGUUCAAGACACUUCAACACCAAUUUAGCCUUCUACAAAUGGAGGUGCAAGUACGAACAACGCCAGAGCCAUCUCUCCCAGACCAGAGUCCUCAUGGUGAUGUAGAAGUGGUCACCCCUCCAGCGCAGACAGCUUCCUCAUCGGUGCCUCACCACCAGAGCAAUGCUCAGUAUGGUCAGUCUCACUUUUCUAAAGAGCCUAAACUACAAAAAUUAACUGAAUCAGAUGAUAUUGAGCACUUCCUUAUAACCUUUGAAAGAAUAGCGGUGGCUUGUCGCUGGCCUAAAACAGACUGGGGUUUUCAUCUUAUCCCAUUAUUGACUGGUAAAGCUAGAAGUGCCUAUGUACGCAUGGAUGUGGAUGAUUCUCUCAACUAUGACAAAGUUAAAUGUGCCAUUCUUAAGAAAUAUGACAUCAAUCCUGAAACGUAUCGCCAAGCAUUCAGGUCUCUUAAUGUGGAGCCCGAGGAAACCCCCAAAGAGCUGUAUGUGAGACUUAAAGAGCUUUAUGGGAAAUGGGUGCAACCAAAAGACAAAACUGUUGAUGAAGUUGGUGAAAUUAUUAUCCUUGAGCAAUAUUUACGAAUGCUUUCUCCUGAGCUCCAGAUUUGGAUCAAAGAGCAUGACCCACAAUCUGCAGCAGACGCUGCUGUGUUGGCUGAUGUGUUUGUAGCUGCUCGCCGGAAAAAUGCCUCCUGGUUCUACAAGCCCUGCGGGACAGUAAAUGUUGGUCAGAAACCUGCCUCUACUCAGCAUGGUUCCAGAUCUUCUAUGAAUGUGAGUAAGCAACCUGUGAAGGAGAAGAGGCCACUGGCCAGUGGUCCCAGUAAAAUCCCUAAUAAAGUUGUGAUAUGUUAUUUGUGUGGACAGGAAGGACACACAAAGCCAAUGUGUCCUCAAAACCCGGUUAGACUUACACAGAUGUGCUAUGUUCCCAGGGAAAACUGUGAGACUGAGCUGAAAUGGAGACAGCCACUUAAAGAGACCUUAGUUGAAAUUAAUGGUCAGGACCUUAGAGCACUUAUUGACACUGGAAGCAACCAAACUCUAGUGCACAGACAGUAUGUUUCUCCCCAGGCUAUUUGCUCCACCGAAACUGUCCCUAUUCGCUGUGUUCAUGGGGAUGAAAAGCCCUAUCCAACAGCGGAUGUGUAUGUCAAAGUGCAAGGACAAACGUAUCUUUUGAAUGUUGGUGUUACCAAUAAUCUGCCAUUUCCAGUGGUAUUAGGCCAUGACCUGCCAGUUCUCUUGGACCUGAUCCAUCCGAGCCAGAUGUGUAAUGUUGCUCUAACCCGGGCCCAGGCAAAGACUGCAAGAGCACAUUCAGGUGAGACAGAUUGUACUUUGUCUUCUCUGCCUUUCUAUGAUGCUGAAGUUGAGGCAGAGCCAGGAAAACCUCGCAAAUCCCGUAGGCAGCGACGGCAGGAGAAAUUUCAGCAUACAGCUCGUGUAAAGCUCUCUCCUGCCAACCCCGAAGUCUCUGUUCCCGCCGCCCAUUGGCUCCUGUAG